AUGUCUUACUCAGGAUACCCUCCGUACGGCCAAACCCCUCCGCAACAAGGGGGUUACUACCAGCAACCACCGCCCGGUCAGCAAUACGGCGCUCCUCCUCCUCAAGGCCAGUACUAUCAACAGCCCCCUCCCCAUGGCUACGGACAGCCUCCCCCACCUCAACCAUACGGUGCCCCCUCGCCCCAGCCAUAUGGCGCGCCAUCACCACAACCAUACGGCGCUCCCCCACCUGCCCAACCAUACGGUGCUCCUCCACCUGCCCAACCGUACGGCGCUCCUCCCCCGCAACCGUACGGCGCGCCCUCCCCGGCUCACCAAUACCCUGCUCAAGGUGCUUACGGCGCUCCUCCUCCCCAGCAAGGAUACGGUCAACCCCCACCACCUCAAGGCGCUUACGGCCAACCUCCUGCCCAGUACACACAGUACGGCCACCAAUAUCCCCCGACACCUGCCUCGCCAGGCUAUGGCCCCCCUCAAAUCAUCGCUUGGAGCCCCGAUGCCGACGCUCAGGGCUUGCGGGCCGCCAUGAAGGGCUUUGGCACAAAUGAAAAAGCUCUAAUCCGCAUCCUCGCCAACAAGGAUCCCCACCAGAUUCGCACCCUCCGCGACGCCUACAGCCGAAUCCACCGUCCUCGCGAUCUCGAAAAGGACAUCAAGAGUGAAGUUUCCGGUUGGUUCGAGACGGGCCUCAUCUCCAUCGUCCGCGGCCCUCUCCUUCACGAUGUCCACCUUUUGCGCGAUGCCAUGGCUGGUAUUGGCACAAAGGAGGCGGUUCUGAACGAUGUCUUGCUUGGCAGGUCAAACGCCGAUAUGAACGCCAUCAAGAGCGAAUAUCACCGCGUGUUUAGAAGGCGUCUUGAGGAUGAUGUCAAGGGUGAUUUGAGCAUGAAGACGGAGAGGCAUUUCAUGAUUGUGCUGGGGGCGACGAGGGCGGAGGACUCGGCGCCGGUGGUGAAGAUGGAGAUUGAUAGGGAUGUGAAUGAUCUUUACAAUGCGACCGAGGGCAAGGUCGGGACGGAUGAGAUGAAGGUGUGCAGUAUUUUGAGCACGAGGAACGACAACCAGAUUCGGGCUAUUGCGUAUGAGUACCAGCAGAAGUAUGCUAGGAGUUUGGAGGAUGUUAUUCGCAGGGAAUUCUCUGGACACAUGGAAGAUGCUCUUCUUUUCCAGCUUCGGCAGGGACUCGACAAGUACAUGCAUCAUGCUGCGCUCCUUGAGGAUGCCAUGGCUGGCGCUGGAACCAAGGACCACCUUUUGACCAGCCGCAUUAUCAGAUAUCACUGGGACCGCACUCACAUGCAGAACGUGCGCGGUGCCUACGAGAAGAGAUAUCACAGAAGUCUCGUUAGCAGAGUCAGGGGUGAAACCAGUGGUGAUUAUGAGAGGCUGUUGCUCGCCUGUCUUGGCGAGGCUGUUUAA